ACACCAGCCAGGUGGCUUGCAUGAUGCGCUGUGAUGCAAGAGACUGGAAUCCGUCGGUCCGUCUGGCUGAAAGACGCUGUGACUAGUGCUGCUCUUUCGGCUUUUGUUUUUCCCAAAUUCAAAAAUAGCAUUCAACGGCACAUUUGUAACACGGUUGCGCAUCGAUCUCGCUCACGCUGAUGCUGUGAUCCAGCAGAAGAAGGGCACCCGUGAUCGUGGCCAUAUAAUGCAAUCGAACGAACCAGCACUACGGUUCCCCGUCAAUCGGUGUCGUUAAAGGGCGAUGACGUCAGCGGAUACUAAGAUCGUGCUACCAUGCCGGGGAAGAUGAGUUGUACGCUUGCUGGGAUUUGCCUGUAGGUGGAGGUGGUUUUACAUCUUCUCAACUUUUCGCCAUUUGCCGCUAUCGGGGCAGCUGCUGCAGCGUAUUGAACCUAGCACACGUUACAUUGCGCGGAACAUCGAUGAGGUUGCGCGUAACCAAUGCCAUAAACUUCGUCGCUUUUACGCGAGCGUAAGCGGGAUUCAAUUUUCGCUGUUUUCACAAAUAACAAUUUUAUGGCAGCCUUGGGGAAAGUUUCCAAGAUUAGCUUUUGGGCAGGGGACGGGAAAGUAUAGCCAAAACAUUAACCAUUGUUUAUUGCUUCGUCAUAGUAGUGCCGAGUACUUGAGCUGCACAAACAGCUACAGAGAGAGGGAGAGAGUAAGUUGGUGGGAAAUCGUGCCCAAAUCCCUCGCUCGUCAUACUGCCAACCCGUGGAAACGGGUUUGCAAUUAAAAAUCACACCACUGUUGGGUAAAGGAUUUGGGUUUACUUCUUGAAAGGGAGUAAUAAUGCAUCAGAAACCCACCCAGUUUGUUGUGCCGGUUGGCGAUAACAAUGUUCAACUGGUUGCCUCAAGAACGGGAUUAUUUAACGGUCUCAACUCGGUUCCCUUGAAACGGGUCUGCGAUCAUGCUACAUUGUUUCAAGGACUGGAGAAUAAAAGCAAAAUAACAGUGUAAACCGCUUUACAAAACCAGAGAGCCUCGGAAAUCGGAUAGCGGCCACAAAGUAAGAACCUGUGAUUGAUUCGUAUGGAUACAUUCUACCUUCUCCUGGGCUCACAGCCAAGUCCUUAUGCAAGAACUACAGCCAAGCCCCACCGAUACGUUGAAAUGGAAACACGUGGUCUUGCAUGUCGCGAACGGUUAAGUUCUACCCCUUUCAAUGGACGGAUCCGAUCAAGGUUAACCGAUGGUGCAGAAAUACCAAACAUACACACACCAUCUCGCCUCAGAAGCCACACGCUUCAGGUUCUAUCCUGAACGGUCAUUCCGGGCUUAGAACAAAGCGGGCGUGUGCCACGUUAGAUGGAUGGUUUCGUUGUUCCGGAAACGCUUCUAUAACUCUUUAAUCACUUUGAUCGUGGCGAUCGAAGACAUUUUAAGCUCCCGCAAAACAACGUGUCCACUAUCGAAAGGCAAGUGGGGAGGUUUAUUUAUUGAACCUGACACUGUGGGACGGCCUUUCGGCCUCCGUUCUCUGCUGCCUUCGCUCGCCAAUAGUAGUUUGCGAAAAAAAAAGACUGCAGCAAGGAGUGGACUAGUUAAUUGCGCCAAGCACCCCUAUACACGAUUACUGGCCCGUACAGUGUGCGCGCGCGCGCGCGUGUGGGGUAGCGCACAAUAAAAGGAAUGGAGUUUUAGUUACGGGGCUGCGGAUCGUCCACCUUACUUACCCCUUGUUGGGUUGGUUUCUGGGAACGAUGUUGGAGCAUUUUAUGGGGGUUUAAUUUAUAGCACAUAUUAAUGUGCCCGGCGCGGCUAAUUGCGGUCAAAAGUUUACGGUCUGGUUUGUAAUUUGGAUGGUUUUGGGUGAUGUUUUGCUACAGUUUUAGUGCAACACUAUGUGUUGGAGCGUUGUUUUGGAGUUCUUGCCAUGGCUUACUUGGAAAGCCAUGGACUAUUUGCAAACCAUACAAUUACGCUGGACACGUUUUACUUUCAUGGGCGCUAAAUUCAUCUGCAUAGUUAAAAUCUGAGACUAAAAUACUAACAUUUUUGUUACAAACGAAAACAUUCAAAGGUGCAUUUGUAACUAUUUAUUUAAUUUCGUUUUGUUUGCUAGGUUCCUCCGAAAAUUGUAACAUAAUUAUUGAUCACUAUGAUAUUGACUGAAUGAUCAUUUGAAUUUUUGUUUGAAAGUCUGUAGAAGCUGUUCAACUAGGAAGAAACAGUUCUACAGACACAUGCGUUAGAAUAUACCAAAAACCAAUUCAUUUUUUUAUUGGAAUUCUGUUCCUCUUGGAAAUUAUCCUCAUGGGCAUGGGUGCUCAAUGUUAUCAGUUAGUGAGCCACAUUACUUCGCAAAUUACACUGUAUGGAGCCAUUUUGACGCAACCAUUAGCUAAUGGCUAAUUUUUAAAGCUAUUUUAGUUCAUAUUGUAUGGCAAAUUCCUUGGAAUUUAAUUUAAAUCAUUAAGAACACUGCAUUCAUUAAAUGAAUCUAUAAUAACAUUGCAGAUUAUGUGUACACCAUGGGACAGAGUGUCUUUUAAAUCAAACAUCUUUCAUUCACGAGAUUCAUUCAAAAGAGGUCAAUCGAGUGAGAAACGAAAUUUGAAGACAUGAGCAAUGACUGGAGGAUAAUCAAGGCAUGAAAAUUAGCGAAUGACUUAUUUGAUCAAAACCAUAACCCAGAAAAGUUGUAGUGGAGCGUUUCCAUUAAAUCAAUAACUAAAACUAUUUACGAAAUAUUCUUAUAAGUGUUGGUGUAUAGUAAGUUUCGAUUCCUGUAAAAGAUUGGACCUAGUUCGACGCUCACCUGUACCGUCUUCUCGUGGGAAUGACUAUCCGGUUUCGUGGUACUAAUUAAGUUUAGUAAGCAGUGCAGUUUAGUGUCCAAGGAAUAAAUUCUUGGCGUAGGUCAUUGCGGCAAAGCAGAAGAGCUACAUACUUGCUGCAACAUGCUCUUUAAAGACGCUGUUGAAGUGGAUAUAGAACUAAAUGAUAUACGUACAAACGUUGUUGAUCGUCUUUCUUUAACCCAAAAUAUCGAAUAAACCCUGUCUUUUUUUGUAGAGGAUGCUCUUGUAGCUCUUCAAGUGGUCUUGGGUAAACAACGUUACAUCGGAAAUGAGAAGAAUAAAAUUACUUUCAAUACUUAUUGUACUUGAACGCUCAAAACCUAGAACUCGUAGGCAUGCUUUUAAAUUCAUUUUUUUAAAUUAAAUCCUUCGUCGUUGUUUGUGUUAGAGAAAGGAAUCUAUUUCAUCGUAAUGCAGACAUUUUGGAGCAUCUUGCUUGGUGUGUUGCGCAAACAGGUUUCGUACCCCUUCCCUUCGUAAUGGAUGGCCCCUAAGCGCCAAGUGCAUUAAGUGUUUGGCUAUUGAAUGUUACCCAACGGGACAUGUGCGGGAACUAGGUAUUGCUUGUUAGUUUGCUGCUUUUGUUUCCACUGAAAGUUGAUACAUCCUCCAGGGUUUUGAUUUUCAAACAAUGUAAAUUAUGUACCUCCAAAGCAACAUUAGAAGGGAGGAGGAAGGGAAGGGGGAUCAAAUUUCACAUUCACUUUUGCUUUCGAUAACGAUCGACGUGUCGAGUUCAGCUUUUGCCUUUCGCACCGUUGUGUUGCUUAGAUUUCGUGUGCGCCCUCAGGUCGUUCAUCGCCCUAAGAGUAAUGGAGCGGAUACAGCAAGUACACCAACAAGGUGGACAUUCGCCCGGUCACAUGGUCAGCGUACAGAGGGAGUGCUGCAAAGAAACGGCACCAAACGAGGUUAACGUCACAAUUAACGAGUAGUACAACGUGUGUAUGUGUGGAGAAUAGGCAAAAAUAAACGGAUGCCGUUGUAGUGGAGAUUUGCACUAGAAUUUCUAACCGUGCCGAAGGUAUUGGAGGAGUGUUGACGUGUGAAUCGUUCUAUACCGGCAAUACUUAGCAUACUUUGGGUCACAUUACAUCGAUGCGAUUCCUCUCACAACACUGCGCCUCAUUACCGGCAUUGCUAAAUUCGUCAUUGUUUGCAAGCAAGCGGACAAACGUCACCGGUGUGUGCUCCAGUUGUGCGAAGCCGUUAAUCAUAAUGUCCAAACUGGUUUGCUGCCGCGAUAAAGCCACAUACGGUGACGCCGAGGACUGCGAAAGGUACGUAUGUACGUACCGACGUGCGUACACUGCUGCAAAACUCUCUUUAAUUGGCUUAUGUUUCACUGCACACAUGCUUCUUUGCUUGUUUUAGUUUUUAAGGGCCAAUUGACCUUGAAAUGCGGAACCUGAUCCCACCUGAUGUGGUGUACACCGUGCAGCAGGUUGGCACACCGUAAGUGUCGGGGUGUGUGUAUGUGUUUUGGGAGUCCACAGAAGAGAAUGUCCUCCGAACCGACGACAGAUGCUGUCCCGAUGGCUGAUGGACACAACAAAAACAGCACACGAUUGUUGCUGCGUUGACCGCUACCAGUCACCUAAAUGGGUGAAGUAAUGUGACACCUAAACCAAGCGACUAACCCGCUCCGUGGGUGAACUCGCCGAUCCAACGGGACACGGGCUUACACGGUCGUGCGGGCCGGAUUGACUUGAUGAAAGCUUAAUGCAUGGCAUGGUGUCGUGUGUUUGUUUAUUCUACUACCAGGGGGAGACUGAUUGUUUGAUCCCUGCCCCGGACAUAAUGAUCCGUGUGGCACAUUAGGGCCGUCGAUUGUAAUCGGCCUGCUGUUAUGAUAAAUCAAUAACGAUAAUUGGCGCGUGCAUCGUUCCAGCCAAGCCACACUGGCCGCUAAAUAAUUCACACCCUAAUGGGUCCCCAUGGGGCAGAUGCGCUUUUGUUUGUUGGUAGUGAUUUUGGGGUGACGUAUAAAUACAUUGUCCGGGACAAUGUCCCUGGGUCAAUCGGUUGGGUCAAUCGUUCCUGCUCGUCAGUUCGUUCGGCAGGUCGCAAUGUACCGGCAGGUGAGCGUUUGGGCGCUACUGCUGACCGUGGUGCUGCGCCAGACCGCCGGGGACAUACCGGUGGACGAAGCGGAACACGAGCAGCUGCUCACGGUCGUGCCCUGCAUCAGGCGGCUGUGCGAGAAGUACUUUCGGUCGGAACGCGCCAUGAAGGGUUCGCUGGCCAUCAUCAACAUCAAGCCGGACGCGUCCACCUUCCAGCAGCACAUACUGCGCUCGAUCAACGAGGACCCCCGGCACGAGAUGGGCGUGAUGGUGAAGGACGCUUCCCAGCCGCACCUGAACGCAUCGCACGUAACGGAGAAGGCCAAGAACUACCUGAUGCUGAUUGCCGACUCGUCGGCGCUAGCCGCCCCGAUCCGGCAGCUGCGCCGGCUGCCCACCUGGAACCCGCUGGCCCAGGUGGUGGUGGUGUUCACGGCCGAGCUGACGCCGCUCGUCUUCGAGAUCGAGGUGCGGAACGUGCUCCAGGAGCUGUUCGACCAUUCCGUGCUGAACGUGAACGUGAUGGUGCAGAGGUACAACACGUCCGUGCUGGAGGUGUGGACCUGGUUCCCGUACGAGAGCGGCAGCUGUGCGGACAACAUCGAGCGGUUGCGGCUGGUCGACGAGUGUGAGUAUGCGUUCCAGGAGCCGGACCCGGAGCGCAACGUGCGCGCCGCCUGGGUGUACCGCGAGCGGCACUACUUCUCCGACUAUGGGCCGAAGAUACCGAAGUACUACCACUACUGCCCGCUCAAGGUGUCGACCAGCAUCUGGGAGCCGUUCGUCGUGGGCAACGCGAGCCACAUCGAGAAGGGACUGGAGGUGCUAAUGCUGGACGUGAUCACGGCCCGGAUGCGCCUGGUACCGGUGUUUAGCGUGAUCGACGGCAGCCUCACGACGGCACGCAUCACGGCGGACAACCAGACGGGGCUGUACGCGGACGUGUUGCAGCGACGAACCGACCUAAUGAUUGGCGGGCUGCACGAAAACCCGAUCAGCCGGAAGCUGCUGUCGGCCACGAUACCGUACUUUCAGGACGAUCUUACCUGGUGCGUGCCGACCGCCCGACACGCACCCAAGUGGCUGAACGUGUUCAUCAUCUUCAACGUGUGGACGUGGCUGAUCGCGAUUGGGAUCAUCUUCGCGGCGGCCGCGCUGCUGUUCCGGUUCAACUACGUCGAGGGGUUGUACCGGGUGAACUACACCUGGAUGCUGCUCCAGUCGCUGGCGUUCUCGCUGAGCGUGUACGCGCACUACUGGCCGCGGCGCGUCUCCAUCCGGCUGUUCCUGAUCGGGUACAUGUUUUACGGGCUGCACUGGAACGCGGCCUACCACAGCUUCCUGAUCUCGGUGCUGACGCGCCCCCGGUACGAGCCGCAGAUCGCCACCGUCCAGCAGGCGAUCGAGGCCGGGUUUGGGUUUGCGGGUGCGGAAAACACGCUCGGUCACUUUGACAAACCGGACGGCGUGUCGCGCCACAUCGCCGCGCACUACGCGGUGUGCAGGAAUUUGGACGAGUGUCUGGGGCGGCUGCGCCGGGAGCGCACGGUUGCGAUCGCGAUGAGCCGGGCCCAUUCGAGCAACAGCCGGGCGAUCGGGGAGGCCGAGCUGUACUGCUUCUCGAAGGCGGAAAACAUCUACACCUACUCGGUGAGCAUGCUGGCGAAGAAGGACUUUCAUCUGCUGCCGAAGAUCAACGAGCUAAUACGGCGGAUCAGCGAGAGCGGGCUGCUGGGCAAGUGGCAGAAGGAGAGCGAAAAGAUCCGCAUCGAUCGCGAUGAGGACGAAGGGGCGGGAGGCGAUGAAGGAGGGGGCAGCGGAGGUGAUGGUGAGAAAAGUGGAGAAGGACAGACGAUUCUGCGGCUGGAUCACAUCGAGGGCGCCUUUCUGCUCGGUGCCGCCGGACUGCUGCUCGCGCUGGCUGCGUUCGUCGGCGAGGUGCUGUACUACCGGGCGAAGCGGCGCUAUCGAUGGCGAGACAAUCUGGCCGAUCGGUAUCUUUUGUAG